AUGUCCGAGAAGGCCGCCAACCCCAUGAGGGAGCUUCACCUCCAGAAGCUCGUCCUCAACAUUUCCGUCGGAGAGUCUGGUGACAGGCUCACCCGUGCCGCCAAGGUGCUUGAGCAGCUUUCUGGUCAAACCCCCGUCUACAGCAAGGCUCGCUACACCGUCCGUACCUUCGGUAUCCGUCGUAACGAGAAGAUUGCUGUCCACGUCACCGUCCGUGGCCCCAAGGCUGAGGAGAUCCUCGAGCGUGGCCUCAAGGUCAAGGAGUACGAGCUCCGCAAGCGCAACUUCUCCGAGACCGGCAACUUCGGCUUCGGUAUCUCUGAGCACAUCGAUCUCGGCAUCAAGUACGACCCCUCCAUCGGUAUCUACGGCAUGGACUUCUACGCCUGCAUGACCCGCAAGGGUGAGCGCGUCGCCACCCGCAGGCGCUGCAAGGCCAAGAUCGGCUCCAACCACAAGAUCAAGCGUGAGGAGACCGUCAGGUGGUUCAAGCAGCGCUUCGACGGCAUUGUCCGGUAA